CGCAACCCAAGAUGGCGGACGAGAGUGAGACAGCAGUGAAGCCGCCAGUACCUCCGCUGCCGCAGAUGAUGGAAGGGAACGGAAACGGCCAUGAACACUGCAGCGAUUGCGAAAAUGAGGAGGACAACAGCUACAACCGGGGUGGUUUGAGUCCAGCCAAUGACACUGGAGCCAAAAAGAAGAAAAAGAAACAAAAAAAGAAGAAAGAAAAAGGCAAUGAGACAGAUUCAGCCCAGGAUCAGCCUGUGAAGAUGAACUCUUUGCCAGCAGAGAGGAUCCAAGAAAUACAGAAGGCCAUUGAAUUGUUUUCUGUGGGUCAGGGCCCUGCCAAAACCAUGGAGGAGGCUAGCAAGCGAAGCUACCAGUUCUGGGACACGCAGCCUGUCCCCAAAUUGGGAGAAGUGGUGAACACCCACGGUCCAGUGGAGCCUGACAAAGACAACAUCCGCCAGGAGCCCUACACUCUGCCUCAGGGCUUCACCUGGGAUGCUUUGGACCUGGGGGAUCGUGGAGUGCUGAAAGAACUAUAUACCCUCCUGAAUGAGAAUUAUGUGGAAGAUGAUGACAACAUGUUCCGAUUUGAUUAUUCCCCAGAGUUUCUUUUGUGGGCUCUCCGGCCACCUGGCUGGCUCCCCCAGUGGCACUGUGGGGUUCGAGUGGUCUCAAGUCGGAAACUGGUUGGGUUCAUCAGUGCCAUUCCUGCAAACAUCCAUAUCUAUGACACAGAAAAGAAAAUGGUGGAGAUCAACUUCCUGUGUGUCCACAAGAAGUUGCGCUCCAAGAGGGUGGCUCCAGUCCUGAUCCGCGAGAUAACCCGGCGGGUUCACCUGGAAGGCAUUUUCCAAGCUGUUUACACUGCUGGGGUAGUUCUACCAAAGCCAGUUGGCACCUGCAGGUACUGGCAUCGGUCCCUAAAUCCACGGAAGCUGAUUGAGGUGAAAUUCUCCCACCUGAGCAGAAACAUGACCAUGCAGCGGACCAUGAAGCUCUACCGACUGCCAGAGACUCCCAAGACUGCUGGAUUACGACCUAUGGAAAAAAAGGAUAUUCCAGUCGUGCACCAGCUUCUUGCCAGGUACUUGAAGCAGUUUCACCUCACGCCAGUCAUGAGCCAGGAGGAGGUGGAGCACUGGUUCUACCCCCAGGAGAAUAUCAUUGACACUUUUGUGGUGGAGAAUGCAAACGGUGAGGUGACGGACUUUCUGAGCUUCUACACCCUUCCCUCCACCAUCAUGAACCAUCCGACCCACAAGAGUCUAAAAGCUGCUUAUUCUUUCUACAACGUUCACACCCAGACCCCUCUCCUGGACCUCAUGAGUGACGCCCUUGUUCUUGCCAAAAUGAAAGGGUUUGACGUGUUCAAUGCACUGGAUCUCAUGGAGAACAAAACCUUCCUGGAGAAGCUGAAGUUUGGCAUAGGGGAUGGCAACCUGCAGUAUUAUCUUUACAAUUGGAAGUGCCCCAGCAUGGGGGCAGAGAAGGUUGGACUGGUGUUACAGUAACCAGUCGUCAGUGAAAUUCUGGAUAAAGCCACUGAGAAUUCAAACCAGGAAAUGGAUCCCACCACUUUUGUUGGUCUGAUUUUCACAAACGUGAGAAUCCCUGGCAAAGGGAACCGAACUGAACUGGCUUUACCAAACUGCCACUGAGUUUGACAAUUGUAUUGCAAUGGCGUAGGCUGCCUGAUGUCACCUCUGGCCGUGUGUCUGGUCUCUCUGUUUUCCAAUUAAUCACAUCCUCAUGCAGCCGUGAUCAAGGGAAUGUAACUGCUGAAAACUAGCUCGUGAUUGGCAUAUUAUGGAGUUAACGGGUGAAUAAUAAAAGUAUAUAUAUAUAUAUUAUAUAUAUAAUUAUUUUAAAUAUCUUUCAUGUUCCAAAUGUACAAGGAUGUUUGUUUCUAAUGAAAAGUUGUAUCCAGAUCAUUUCUCAAUUUAGAAUGCAAGGACAGUGCCAGACAGGCACAUAUUGGUACAGUUAGUUGUUUCCUUCUCAAAGUAGACAUUGGUGUUUCUUGGAGCAGGAGAAAGAGGAUCUGGGGGAUCUUAUCCCCUUCUGAAUUGGCUGGAAUGAUUGGCUUUGAGAAGGUGGGGAAGGCUGAGAUCUCAUAGAACAGCAGGGAGAGCUCUUGGAGGGAGGCUUUCCUGCAGGGGCUAAGCCUUUUUGCAUUCUGAGACUGGGCAACAGGGAAGGUACAUGGGAGGAAAUUUCAUCAACUGAGUCCUUUCUGCCACCCCCUUGGCCUGCUGCCUGCAGGAAGUCUCUGUGCUGACCAAUGUAAAAGGGCUCUCUAGCCAGCUGUUGCUAACCUUAGAAGGUUGAGUCCUCUAUGAAAUUUUGUUUUUCCACUGUCGGGGGAGGCUGAUGGUUUGAAGACCUUGAACCUCCUUGUAGCAUCUGGGACCUUGUGGAGACCACAUCAGUGCAAGCUCUGCCUAGUGAGCUCCCCUCAGAGCAGAGAGCCAGCACCUGGUGGCAUGAGGGCAUGGGACCUAUUACCCAUAACCUUCUGGCCACCAGCCCCUGGUCUGUGCCAUCCAACCGCUCUCAACCCGUUAGCCAUUUCUGGUUGUUCUGCUUUCCAACAUAGCCAGCCAGCAAGCAAGUGGUGGCAAGGAGUGGUGAUGAGAGUCAGAUCUAGACGUGUCUGCAGAAGUCAUUUCUGAUGUUUUGUAGCUUGUGGUGGUCAUGGUGGUUAUUGAUGCUGCCAGUUUUCCAAAACUUAAUUGAGCCUCUGGCACGUGGCUAACGAUGGCAUUCCUCAGUUGUACUCAGCCAAGUGGCUUCGAGAGGACUGAGCUGUGAAAUUGUCAGCAACCCACAUCGAGACUUGUCUCUCACUUUUGCUUUAGGAAAAAGUAAAUGAGUGAAUAGCAUGAUGUGUGGUGGUGGUGGUGGUGGUGGUAGUGGUGGGGUUUCCUUGCUGCUCUCACUUCUCGGGUUCUCAUAGGGAGAAUGAAGUCUUAGCCGGGUGGCCAGGCUCCACCCAGUCCCCCUAACUGAAGCCACUCCCUCCAAGCCAACAGGGGCUUGUUUCAGGCCAUGGGCUUUUGCCAAGGUUUGCUGGAGCCGUCAAAGCUGGAGGGAGUCAUGUCUUGGGAGAGGGCUGUGCCCACUCGGUAGACUGCUGCUGGAGCCAGCAUCUCCACUGUAUUGGCCUUUCAUCAGAGGGUUCUAGGGGGCACCACCCCACCCCCGGUGGUCCUGUACUACAGACUGCAGGCCCCAGUGAUCAUGGCUGACCUUUGACUCCUUGACUCCAAGACACCCAGACCAAAGAAGCUGAUGCGCCUUGCAUUUGCAGAUGGGAGGAGUUGGACAGGAGAGACUUGCCUUUACAGCUUCACAGACAUCAGACAUGGCACCCCAAGCCCCAAAGCAGCUUACUCUGUUCAGAUCUCUAAGGACCUCAGAGAACAAAGUGCCCACCCUUUCUUGCCCUGGGCAGGGGCUGGAACUUGAAAAGGCUCAGGUCUUAGUCUUGGCCGGCUUUGGCUGAGCUGCUUCUGUGGAAUUUGAGGUGUACGAUGGCCUCACUGGAGCGAGCUUCGCCUUGGUUGUCCCAGGUCAUGGAAUGGAAACCAGGAGGCUCAAGUGGCUGCUCUGAAAGAAACAGAUCUCCUCGCAAAACCCCACUGUUUGUCCCUCCAAAACCGCAUGGGCUGCUCUUGGACUCUGCUGUCUUCUUACGAUGGGGACUCUGCCCAGCCCUCUGUACUGCCACCAGACCCCUGAGAGUCAACUUGGCAGCUACUACAGCCUCAUUUUUGUCCAAACAGCCCCUGGGUUCUUCACGUGAACCUUCUGGGAUCUGGGGUCAGAAAGAACCGUGGAGUGGGCAUCAGGGUCUCCCGGUGCCAGGAUUGACUUGAACCAGAUGCGGGAAGGACCCUGAGGCCUCCAAGCUCAUCGUAGUGCCUCAGGCAGCCCUGCUUGGAGAGCCUCUCUGGACUUGGCCCUCACCUUCUGCCACUGCCUGCUCCUUGCUGGCAUUGGGCUUUCACUCUCCAUGUUUCAAGGACAUUUACCUCCUGCCUUUGGAUUGUCUGCACUUGACCACUAACUCCCGGGCAUACUCCCACAGACCCUAGUCUUUGUGUAGGGAGAGGGCUGGGGAGAAACAAGGCCUCAGCUCUAGACUGAGGUCUUCGCAGAGCUCGUUUCCACAUCUGCCUACUUCUAAAGUUGCCAAUGUCUUGUUUGAAGGCCAGCCCACAUUAAGCCAUAAACACCGGGUUUAGGGGAAAUUUCAGGCCUUGCCUGUGACUCUCCUGCUAUUGUCCCCUUGACCUGCUGGCUCUCUGAAGCCCAGAGGUGGGUGUCCCUAUGGUCCUGAAUUCUUUCCUCAAAGAUGAUCAGCUUUUAACCAGCCUAAAGAAGGCCCUAAAAGGCCUGGGACAGCUUGGCUGAGCUGCCUUCUGGGAGAGGGAGAGGGCUGCCUUUCAGGCCAGGGAGGGGAGCAGGGCGCUUCUCCGGCUGGUGCCCACUCCCUGGAGCCAGCCUACUCACGGCCUGGUCCAGCUGCCCCGGGACCAUAGGAGACCCAGGCUUUAGUUUUGACUUACUGCCAAGUGAAGGCAGGCCUUAACCAGAGGAGGUCGUUGAGGACAAUUUCAAUUCAAUUAAAAAAUGAUGAUUGGCAGGUAGGUGUUGCAUCUGGGAACAGGGCAGGGGAAGCUUCACCUUUUUGUCUUGGCUUUUCUUUGGGCUCUGGGAGGGCCAUCUGUUUCCAGGGUGGGGAGGAAAUACCAAAUGCAUUGUUGUUCUGCUUGAUAACAUCUCAGUUGUUUCUAAUAAAGGAAGUAGCUGAA